AUGAUCAUGGGCUUGAUUGCGUGGAUGCGUUUCCGCACUACACCAACGAUCACCACGAUCGAAACGAUGACGUACCCGAUCUGGAAUAUACCCUUUCCCGCGGUGACUGUGUGCAACAUCAACAAGAUAGACAACCGGAAGGCUAAGGGUAUCAUCAAUCGGUUAGUGCAAGAGUAUGGAAUGAGUGAAGCGAACGCAACAGGGCUGCUAGUGGCCCAGGCAAGUCUGGUCAACUUUGAAGAUGUGAACACAACCUACAUCGAGCUGGAGUACGCCCUGGGCAAAAUGGGAUGGAACCCAGACAGACUGUUGCUCGAGCUAAGUCAACCCUGUGAAGAGCUGAUCAAGGUUUGCUAUUGGCUCGGUUCGGAGGUACCCUGUCCGAAGAUUAUACGCCGCACACGAACCGACAACGGGUUCUGCUGCUCGUUCAAUGUGGACAGGACGAUGCAACCGUUGCUAGCGCAGCUUAACGAAACCAGCACACAAGUACCGCACCGACCGAAACGAUUGUCAGGUGCCGGUCGUCACGUAGGUCUGUCCAUCCUGAUCGAUGUGGAACCGGAUACGUACAUGGCCCCAACCAAAUCAUACUACGGAGCUGAGGUUUACAUACACGAUUCCGGUGACUUCCCGUCCGAUGCGGACUUUGAGCAUGUGGCACAGCCUGGCUGGGAUGUGAUAAUGUCCGUGAUACCGAUUCCCAUCGAAAGCAGCAGCACGAUGAGUCAAGUGUCUGCGAAUAUGCGCAAAUGUUUCCUGCCCGAGGAGAGUAACGCGCAGUCGAAGGAAAAGUUUAAUCUGAACGGUUGUAUGGCAGAGUGUCGCCUACGGACGAUACUGCGCCUGUGCAACUGUGUCCCGUUUUACUAUGCAGAUCUACAUAUUGCAGAAGGACGAGAACAAGAUAUGUGCGCCUUAAAACAUGUUUCAUGUCUGCACUACUUUCGAAGAUACUUUUACAGCUUGCGCUCCGACGAUACCUUGGACACGGAUCUUCAUGAUGUAGAAUUUGGAAUGGAUUGUGAGUGCAAGCCACCCUGCUCUAUUCUGAACUAUAAUGUCCAGACGAUCGCGAGUCAACGGAAAUCGAAAAAAUUCAUGUCCUCCAACUAUGGAGGACGAAAUGUUUCCAUGUACGCCACGCUCAACGUACACUUUAAGGACAUUUACUGUGUAAAGUACAAGCGAGACGCGUACAUGACGUGGGACUCGCUGGUGGCUACGUUUGGUGGCAUUUUCGGACUGUGUAUGGGUGGUUCGGUGCUCAGCAUCGUAGAGCUCGUAUACUACUUCACGAUUAAACCUUUCACGCUGUACCAGUCCAAGCGGAAAGUGAAAAGAGUCACUGCUAAUCGAAAAGUCCUAGUGCGCCCGUACGUGUCACGGUACGACAGUGUGUCCCAGUAUCCGGUGGGUUACUUCUGGCGACGCAAUGUACUCGCACGAGAUCGAAGUGGUGGUAAAAAGCAGACCAAACAGUCUGUACCGGUGAAAAAAGUUGCCGCCAAUCACGAUCCUCAGAUGGACAUUGUUUCAUUCAUUUAUUAA